UUGGAGGGUAAAGACAGCUGGAGAACAUUUGGGCUGUGAGGACAGUUAUUCAAGAAAUUAAAUAAAGACACCAGCUGACAUGCCCCUGGUCUGCUCCCUGGUGCUUCCUGCUCUGCUGGGGUGUCUGCUGGUCACUCCGGCCAGUGCUGUCUGCCACCCUGGAGGGCAGGGUCAAGCUGGCCACUGGGACUGUCCGGCUGAUGUGUCCAUCGUGCUGGACACCUCGGAGAGCGUGGCCCUGAGGGACAAGCCCUAUGGAUCCCUGGUGGAGCAGAUCAAACAGUUCGCAAUGAACCUUGUGGACCAGCUCGACACCAGGUACUACCGCUGUAAUCGUAACCUGGAGUGGAAUGUGGGAGUUCUACACUACAGUGAUGAGGUGAAGGUGAUGAGUGAACUGACCAGCACUAGCGAGACAGUUGGCAAAGCUCGGAUCAAGACAGCCAUUCAGGACAUCCGCUACAUCGGCAAAGGAACCCACACGGAUUGUGCCAUCUCCGUGGCAACUGGACAGCUGAUGAGAGGCUCUCCUCUCCGUGGGAACAAGUUCAUGAUGGUGGUGACGGACGGGCAUCCCCUGGACGGCUGGAAGGAGCCAUGCGGUGGGCUCGCACAUGCCGUGGCCGAGGCCAGGGUCAUGGACGUACACAUCUUCGCCGUGCCCAUCACUCCUCAUCAUCUGGAUAACAGACUUGGCUCUAUUGCCACAGAAAUGCAGCCCACCCAGAACUUCUCUGCUACUGGUGAGGAUCCCCAGGUGGUCAGAGACACCAUCAGCUUCAUCUUGGCUUCCAUGUAUAAGCAGUCAGAGGAUUUGUGCUGUACGUUUGAGUGCAAGGCAUCUGAAGGACCCCAAGGCCCUCUGGGGGAUGGUGGUGAAGUGGGAACUCCAGGACGCCAUGGGAUAAGUGGGAAGCCUGGAAGUUUGGGAGCUAAGGGAACAGCAGGGGACAACGGCCCCCCUGGACACAGAGGUGAAAAGGGUGACCAAGGUCGACCUGGUGACAGAGGUCCAAGAGGACUAGCUGGACAAAAGGGAGAGAGGGGUGUAACUGGAGUGGAUGGGAAGGAUGGAUUUGGGGGAGACCCUGGAGCUGUGGGCCUACCAGGCUGUAAAGGAGAUGAGGGGGCAGUGGGAACCGCAGGUCUUCCUGGACAGAAAGGAGACGCUGGAUCUCAUGGACUACAAGGGCCGAAGGGUGAACCGGGCUCACCAGGGGGCCCCGGGAGCCUGGGGGUAGUGGGCCCCUCCGGGGUGAAGGGAGAGACAGGACCAAAAGGAGCUUCAGGAAGCAGAGGAGACCGAGGGGAGGAUGGAGACUAUGGUCCGCCUGGAACCCCUGGUGGACAGGGGGAGAAAGGAGAGAGGGGGCCCAGUGGGCCGACCGGAGUACGAGGGGCUCCAGGAGAAAAGGGAGAGCCAGGACCACCGGGAGCUCAGGGUCACGAGGGCCAAUCAGGAGCUAUAGGCUCACAGGGUACGAGUGGUGUGGAGGGACAGAAAGGCUACAAGGGAGAAGCAGGAAACCCAGGUCCUGCGGGUGUGAAGGGCCCGCGAGGGACUCCAGGACCGACAGGGGUGAUGGGGCCUAUGGGAGAGAGGGGAGAGGAUGGAGCUCCAGGUGAUGGCCAGCCAGGAAACGCAGGAAUUCAGGGCCACCCUGGUUUGAGGGGACAAACAGGGGUAAAGGGUAUCAGAGGACUCCCUGGCAUAAAGGGAGAUGCUGGCCAAUCAGGUGACCCGGGUGAUGAUAAUGGGCAGCCGGGGCCAGGAGGACCCCCAGGGCCGAAAGGAUAUCCUGGUUUUGAAGGAGAGAAUGGUGUUCCAGGGCCUGUGGGCCAUGCAGGUCUAGAUGAGUGUGAGAUCAUGGAAGUCAUCCAGAAACUCUGCAUUCUAGAACACCCCAAUACUGUAUGUACUGUUCCCGUCCUCUCCUUAACCUCUAUAUCUCCCUCCUAUUUCCUGGACCCAGUGUGUGAGUGUGGGCCGGUGAAGCUGUUGUUUGUGCUGGACAGCUCAGAGAGUGUGGGGCUGCAGAACUUUACUCUGGAGAAGGAGUUCAUUAUCCGAGUUAUCAACAAGAUGGGCACCUUCAGCAGUGAGAAGAAUGAGCCAAGUUCUCGCGUUGGUGUUGUGCAGUACAGCCAUGAGGGAACUCAGGAGCUGGUGUCUAUGGGCGACCCUACAAUAACAUCCAUCACUCACCUGAAGAGCGCAGUGAAGAACAUGCGAUGGAUCGCUGGAGGCACGUACACGGGCGAGGCUCUGGAGUUUGCCCUCAAGGCGUUGGCCGGCUCUCAGCUCUCCAGAGGAGCGGUGGUGGUCCUCACAGACGGGCGGUCCGACACGAGGGACACCAAGCCCCUAUCCUCUCUCUGCUCUAUCCCAAACAUCAAGGUGGUGGGUGUUGGAAUUGGGGACAUCUUCAGAAGGGCGGCAUACACCACCAUGUUGGAGGAGAUCACCUGUUUGGCCACACCCAAUCCAGGACUCCUCCUGAAGAUCACUGACCAUGCCCAGCUACUGGAGGAGCAAUUUCUCAGCAUUGUCACAGAUGCCAUUUGUCAUGAUAAGAAGUGUCCAGAUUAUCACUGUCCAGCUGAGUUCAAGCAGGCCACCGACAUCGUCUUCAUGCUGGACGGGUCCUCCAGUGUGGGCCGUGCCAACUUCCAGGAGACCAGAGAGUUUGUGGAGAUGGCGGCGAUCACGAUGCUCCUCAACGAUGCUGAGGGGCAACUACGCAUCUCCGUCCUCCAGUACAGCGACAGCCGGCGCCAGCGGUUGGAAGUCCCCUUCACAACCCGCACGGGGGAUGUUGAAGCGGGACUAACAGCUACACGCUUCAUGGACGGAGCCACCAAUCUACCUGCAGCCCUAGCCUUCCUCGCCUCCACUCUGCAGAAGGAUGGUCGGCCGGGGGUCGCUAGGAAGGUGGUGUUAUUCACAGACGGGCGCUCUGCCGGAGCCACCAGUGCCACCAUAGCCAAUGCUGCGGCCACUGCCCUGGGACAAGGGAUCCGGCUCCUGGCUUUCACUGUGGGCAAGGACUACGAUGAAGCAGGGGUGUGUCAGCUGGUUACCGGGCAGUUGGAUGGGUUUGACUAUAAUGUUGUGGACAGACGUCUCCUGCAGGUGGCGCUGUACAGAGACCUGGCCAGACCAGCAGUUGUACAGAGAUUGGUGAGAAAGCUGACCAAAGUGUAGAACUCUUAGUGCCCUACCAGUGCCAGGUUAAGGAAUGUAAAUGUAUAUUCUAGUGUUUGUACCAUGGAGCCCUUAAGCAUGAACUGAAUCAAUAAACU